AUUUCAUGCCUUGAGACAAUUGAUUUCCUAUGCGAGUUGAUCCUCUCUUCACUACACCUAUCCUUGUUUCACCCAAGAAUACCAACGAUAACUUAUUAACGCACCGAAGUGCUGUAAGAAGGGGAGGAGGCAAGCAGACAAGCACUGUCCAAUUGGUACAACCCGCGGCGAAUUGUGCAUAUAUUAUUACUUACGAGGAAGACAGCUUCAGCACUAAAGAAGUCGCCCCUUUGUCAACUCGAGGGCAAAGGUUUUCUCUGGAGCCUAGCGGGAGUGGUCAAGAUAGCGUAGUUCGUCUAUGCUACUAUGAUUCCCAAUCAAACGAGAUUAAAGUUGUCUCUCUCGACACAGAGGACGGCCGCAUUGAGGAACUAACCAAGCUCAAGGUGGAUGGAGCUGUGAGUUGCAUCGAAUGGUUCUCUCUCAGCUCGCUGAUGAUCCUCUGUGGAGACAUACUCAUGGAGAUGACUCCGGAUCCACUCGAGAUAACUCGGACUUCCCGUAUAGAGGCCCCGAGACAUUCACAGAUAUGCCGUGCUCACAGCAUGAAGGGAGUUGACGAGCUCCUCGUUUAUGGAACUGGAGGCGGCUCAGUGCUCUCACCUACCGCCGACGGUAUUCGCUGCUCAGGGAGGUUUCUGUGUUCGGGUCGGAUCACUGCUGCGGUCCAGCUCAAACAAGGUUUGAUAGUUUGUCGUAUAGAGUCACAUGAGGAUGGAGUUGGAUCAAGCGAAAUGUCCCUGAAUACCAUGGGGCGGGAAGCAUCUCUGGACAGGUUGAUGAUGCCUGACGGUUCGUCUCUCCCUGCACUGCCAUUGGACUACUCCAAGGAAUUCGCCGUCACGUUACCGACAACAGUAUUUCUGUGUGUUAUCGAGUUGGUUGACGGAGAUAACAUUGAUGGAGCAUCAGUUUCUGUGAUUGAGCGUGCGAGGACCCGCAUUGAUCAUCGAUACACGACUUCACAGAUACGGGGGUUGACAUUUCUGGGAACAUCGCGCGUUUCAGUCCUCGUAUCGACUACUGACGAGGAAGAUAUGAAAGCUGAUAAUAGGCAUGCAUUCGCCUGGGCUCAAAAGGCAAAGGCACCUUCGCAAUGGGAUGCGGUGACAUUCCGACUGCAAGAAAGCGUUUCUGACUCUCCUCAUGUGGGAUCAGCUAUGGAAGGAACUCCUCAAACAGAUACUACUAUAGACACGAACCAACUUUAUGCUGAGGUCGUAUCUCUUAGACGGGAAACGGAACAGAUGCGCGAUAUGGUGAACAAGAUUGGUGAUGACGUCGCCGCAAUAAAGCGGUUGAUGGAGAUGCGUCUGUCUCAAUGA